UUUUAAUAAAGAGUGCAAUGACUGUUGAAACUAUGGCCAACCGGGACAAGUGGCUAGUUGACUACGCUGUCCUCCUUAUCAUCGGUCCAUCAAACAAGAAGCAUUAGUUUAAAGGAGGUCAACCUACAGCUUAGCGGCUUGUGUUGCAGUUCAUGCGAAUUUCUGCAAAAAUUAUUGUGCACUCUUCAUCGUGUAUCUGAACAUGCAAUAUGUUGCUGUGACGAUCAGUGGCACUAUUUAGGUCAAGUGUCUCUUUCAUUGCCUCGGGUCACACCCAGAUCUCCUACCCGGUGCGAAUUAAGCUGACACCACACCACGUCUGUAUUCUUUUCAUCUUUUGGAUCUUUUGAAAACUUGAGCACGCAGGCCCGUCUUUUGCUGCGUUUGUAAGCCUUAACUAUAUCCAAACGGAGGACACUGUUCAAGUCUUCAAAAGUGAUGUUGCUUUCGAGAAAUUGACACCGGCCUUUGGAUAGACUUGAACCGUAAAGUAAACUCUUUCGAGGUUCGAUAUCUCUUUUAAUGUUGGUUGUAUUUGGGCAUCCGAGAAGUCAGAACCACGAUGACGUUCAUAAAGUUUAUUUAUUCGAGUUUGACGCAAUCUGUUAUAGUCACGUCCUGUGUUCUCCAAUUUCAGAGUUGCGGUACACAAGGUGUGACACAGAGAGUGCAAACAGCAAGCUACUUGUUUGGGUGACCUGUCGUCGCAUACUUUUGGCUUGGAUACUUGUGUGGAACUAUGCUACCAACACAAAAAGUGUCUUAAACACCUUUGUCAGCAGUCGUGUUCUGCGUGAAUGACCCUUAAAUUUCUUUAUCGGUGACCGAGCACAGCAUUCUUUCGACCAGAAUAAUUGCUUUUACCCAAGGUUUCCUUCUCUGAGCGGAACUAGGCUAAUUGAUCACAGGAUGUAUAGACGUCUCUACCACCUCAUGGUCGGCAUCUGUAUUGAGAGAUCGUAACAGAUGUUUUUUAGAGAGAGCGAUGAAAACAACACGGUUUUGGUGGUACAUGCAAUGACAGAACGAUAAGUACCUAAACAAGUUUGUGUACAAUUAGAUUGAUCUUGGGCAUCCUAAAGUUUGGAAACACGUGGCGCACCAAGGAAAUUGGUACAGCCACGCAUGCAUGGACUUAAUUUCAGCGCUCCAUUCCUAUUGAUAUGAGUGGGUUUUCCUGGGUAGAAUCUACCAACCACCUCGCGAAUUCUCAAUUUGUGCGCAGGUACGCUACCCUUUUGUUGUGUCUAUAGACUAUUCAUACCUCGGCAUGUCUAAGUCAGCACAACUAGUGUUAAUUUCCUUGGACACACUGGAAACGAACCCGUAGCGAUUCAAUAGCUGUUACUAAAGGGACCGCCAAGCCAUGCCAUUCCCUAUUAUCUCAUGUAUGGAUUACGAGCAUGCAUGUGAUUAAAACGAGAUAGUUUAUCAUCACCAUCACGUAUGCACACGUAUUUUGUAAAUGUCAUCAUAUAAUUCGC